AAACAGCUCCCUGUUUCAGGAUUAGAGUUAUCUUCAAGUUGCUGCAGUCGCUGUCAUGUCGAGAAACUCUCUUCUCUUUGCAUCUCUCCCUACUACAACUAGGGUAGCCUUAUCUCGUGCUGGCUACGAGAGUAUAGUUGAGCUGUCGGAUGCAUCCCCAGAUCAGCUCUCAGAAGAGCUUGGGAUACCUGUUUCCGAAUGUCAGGCGCUGGUAUCUACGUCGAAAGCACCUAAUCCUUUCAUAAAUCACUCGGCGGCCGACAUGAGCUCUAAGUCUCACUCUAUCUUAACAUGCAAUUUUCCAUGUGUAAACACUAUUCUGGGAGGUGGCCUUCCAAGAGGAUCUAUUUUGGAGAUUUCUGGCCCUCCAGGUUGCUUCAAGGAGAAGCUCGCAGUUGACUUUGUAAAAAAGGUCAUAGAAGCUGGCGAAGAGGUCAUAUUUGUUGACAUGCAAAACAUGGUGAAUUCUGCUACUCUCCAGAGGAUUUUAGAAGAGUCUCCCACCACGCCUCCGGACUACAAGACAUUAGUUCGCCACACUCAAUUAUUCACGUUGCCGGAGCUGAUAGCUUUUAUGCAUACUUUACACUUACAUAUCACUCCCAACACCAGACUGCUUGUCCUGAAUUCCCUUUCGUUCCCGUUUCAGUCUCCUGCUGACAUGGAGCAUUCGAAACGGAAGGCUAUACUGCAAAGGGUACGACAGUUUCUUUUGGAAACCAGUUCAUCUGGAAACAUCACUAUCGUAACAACUACGCAACUGUCGACAAAAGUUAUUGAUGCAAAUGGUGCACCAGCGAAUUUCGAGACUGGCACAACCGCAAUCAUGGUCCCUCAGCUGGGCCCUACUUACCUCCCAGCGGGUCUCUCAUAUCGCCUGAUUAUCGCCUAUGAAUCCCGAACAACAGGAUUCGUGCGACUGCUUUCAUCGCCAAGUUAUCAGCCUGAGGAUGGGCCAGCUCCUCAGGAGCCGUACGAGCUGUGAGAUGUCAUUCAACAUGAUUCUAAUACCCAAACAAAGUUAAAUGCACGCUUGUGUCGUGUUUAUUCAUCACCUGGGACCAAGCAUAGCAUCUUACUGAUCCGAUAUACCGUCUCGGAUCAAAAUCUCGUCUGGGGUAACAAUCAUAUCCAUCUUCCAGUCAUGGUCAGCGGUUGGGACUUGGCCUUCGGCUCCGAGCUGCUGCCUAAAAGACAGGGCGACUAGGAGGGGUCGCGAUUUACUGUUGUUUAAACUUUCACUCGUGUAUGAAGCAAUGAAUUGAUCAUAAUAUCCCUUCCCAUGUCCUAGGCGUGAGAACGAUCUAUCAAAUGCGACUCCUGGAACAAGUAUCAAGUCCAGUGGAUCACAGUCCUCGUCAAAAAUAUCUUGACGCUCCUGAUUUCUCCACGUUGAGGUUGGUUCUUUGAUAUUCCAAAGUCCACUAGACAGACUCCUCAAGUCAUCUUCGCCAUACAAUUUGACAAACGUCAAGUUCCCGGAUUUGAUCAUUGGCACGAACAAACUUUUAUCUGAAACACGAAGGAGAUCUGUGACGAUCGAAGAUGUAUCCACCUCUCCUGUAGGCAUGCUCAGGUAACAGCUGACUGUCCUGCAUCUUUGAAAAACCGACAAUGAAGUUAUUCUGGAUGCAAUGGCCUGCGAUUGAGUUUGUAUGUCAGAGGGCUGCAGCUCUCGUAGCUUUGCCGUCAUGGCCUUUCGCAUGACCUUUUUGUUGUAUUGCAGUGCGGUCUGUAGGAUGCUCAUUGCCUAUAUAAAGUUAUGCUAUGAUCAGCGUUCAUGUGAAAGUCCCCC